CUACUACUUCUACUACACCACUCUCCAUCUGAUGCCGCACGUGAAUCCUCAUAGAAAAGACUUCACGGAGCACAGGCCGACAAAGCUCCAACUAACCAUCCCCUCUGUGCAGUACUCGCUCAAUCUGCAUCCCGACGCGCACCAUCAACGACAGGAGGACUGUAUGCUCUUGUGCCAUCCAAACAGAGGAGUUCAUCACGCCCACAAUCAAGCCUAUAUAGCCUGUUCUUGAAACCAACCCUGCCAUCUCCAUCAUGUCUGGCAUGAUCAACAUUCGCCGCGAUGUCCAGGACUCCUUCUAUCGCUACAAGAUGCCCAAAAUUCAGUCCAAGAUUGAAGGCAAAGGCAAUGGCAUCAAGACUGUCGUCCCAAACAUGUCCGAUAUCGCCAAAGCGCUUGCGCGGCCUCCCUUGUACACCACAAAGUACUUUGGGUUUGAGCUCGGUGCUCAAGUCAUCUGUAACGCAGAGGUAGAUCGUUACAUCGUCAAUGGCGCACACGAUGCCGGUAAGCUGCAAGACACAUUGGAUGGAUUCAUCGAUAAGUUUGUCCUGUGCCGUGCUUGCAAGAACCCGGAAACGGAGCUCGUUAUUUCCAAGACGGGAGACAUCAAUCGGGAUUGCAAAGCGUGUGGCAAGAUCACACCGGUGGACUUGCGUCACAAACUCGCCAAUGUCAUUAUGAAGAAUCCACCGGAGAAGAAGAAGAAGAGCAAGAAGGGCAAGAAGGAGAAGGAUGCAUCGGACGAAGGUGAAGCGGAGGAAGAAAUGCUUGCCGCUGACAGUGAUGAUGAGCUGACACGGUCUAUCCAGAUGGCUGCUGCUUCCUUGCCAACCAACAAUGCCGAUGUCAAGGAUGAAGAGUGGACGGUCGAUACUUCCGACGCUGCCGUCAAGGCUCGUGUCGCAGAUUUAGCUGGUGUGGAGAAGCUGACACUUGACGAUGAUGACGAGGAAGAAGCUGGUGAGACCAGCUACGAUGUCCUUGGCAGCUGGAUCGAAGAGGAAAAGACGCCCUCUGACGUUGACAUCUUCAAGAAGGCCCAAGAGCUUGGCAUUGAGGCUAAACAUCGCACUCUUGCAGUCAUCGUUCAAUGCGUCUUUGACGAGAACAUUCUCAAGCAAAUUCCAAAGUACGCCGCUCUCUUGACAAAGAUGAACACCUCUGAGAAGCACGAAAAGGCCCUCCUUGGAGGUAUCGAGCGUGUCAUUGGCAAGCAGAACCCAGACUUGCUGUCGGGCACAAGCAAAAUUCUCAUGACGCUGUAUGAGAAUGACCUUGUGUCUGAAGAAGUCUUGACCAAGUGGGGUGCCAAGGCCAGCAAGAAGUACGUUGACCGUGAUACAAGCAAGAAGAUUCGCAAGGCUGCAGAGCCAUUCCUCAAGUGGCUGGAAGAGGCCGAGGACGAGUCUGAGGAAGAGAGCGAGUAGUCCUCCAGCCUUUUGCGUUGUUCACAAGUACACAUCAUCAUCUCCUCUCUGUAUCUGCUUAAGCCUCUCCUAUAGAUGCAUCGGUUGAUGUUGCCGAAUUCGCAGCGUGAGAUGAUGACAGAUCCCCAUGACGGCAUUGCCGAUUCAUACGUAUACUUAAACCUGCACUUCUAGUCUACAACCAAAUACCAUUAGAAGUAAUCGUAUUACAAGAUGAGCUCCUCCACUAAGCGUG